AUGGAGCUUCGUCAACACUCCCAGAUUGAAGCAAAGGAAAAUGCGAAAAUCGAGAAAAUGAGAAGAGAGCAUGCAGAGCGUCUAAAGCGCAUUAUGGAUGAGAAAAACCUUCAAAUGGGAAUGGAUUAUGAUGCUCUUCAGAAACAAAUCGAAGAAAAAAAGGCCAGGCUUCAAGCUGAGAAGGAAGAAGAGGAAGCAUACAAUCAGAAAUUCUUAGCCGAACAAAAACUUCUCGCAAAAUUAGCCAAACACGAACAAGCAGAAAUAAAACAGAUCGAAAAAGAAAUAAAUGAAUUUCGUGCUACACGUCAAAGACCAGAAAUGGAACGUGAAUACGAUUUAAACAGAAAAGAUUAUAUCAAAGUUCAACCUCAAAUGCGUAUAACAGAUAAUGAUCCAUGGCUUAGUGUCAGCAGCGGCCUAAAGUUCGAUGGCGAAGAUCUUACAGCCGAAGAGAGAUUGAAAGCCCAAAAAGAACAAAGAGAAAGAUGGGGCAAGCAGCAAAUUGCAGAAAAGAAGAACCGCUUAGCAAAAGAGCUCGCAGAAGACAAAGAAUGGGAACGCCGUUACUUAGAAUACAACGCCAUCUCUCGCCAAGUUGGAGAAAUGGAAGAACAAGCUAGAAAAGAAUGGCGCCAAGAAUGCAACGAAGAAAACUUCCGUCUUGCACAAGAAAAACGUGAUCGCGAAGCAGAAGAAAGACGUCUAGAUCUCGAAUUGAACCAAUACGAAAUCAAUGCUGAAACCGAGCGUCUUAAUAAAUCUCAAAAUAACGACGGAUCAGAUCCAAACGGAAAUACAUUUGUAGAAGGAAAGAGAGGUCAAUCAGAUACUCAGAACUACAAGGGCAUGACACCAGAACAGAUUGAACAGCUUAAACAGAUUCAGCUCCAACAAAUAGAAGAAGCAAGAAAACGCCGCGAGAAAGAAGCAGAAGAAGAAAGAAUUGAUGAAGAAAAUAGAAAGAAGGCCGCUCGUGAGGCUCUCAAAGCUUCAAGGGCUGAAGAAAGAGAAAGAAAACGCAGAUUACUAGAAAAUCUUGAGGAAAAUAAGAAACUCGCGGAAACAAAGACUAUUUCUAGAUCUAUGGAUGAUAUAUUAGAUCCGCAGACUGAUAACUGGUGGCCAUUUGGAAAAUCACAUCGUUAA